ACGUAGAGUGAGGGCGUUACGCGCUUUAUAAGGCUCGCAGCCCCUUCCUCUCAGCACCAGUGCGGAUAAACGACGAGGUGCGACAUUCCAGUCCAGGCUAUACCGAUUACCACUGUAAAAUUACAACUACAUACAGUUGAAGAUGGCCUCUACAAAGGAGAAGCUCAUCGCUCAUGUGAGCAAGGAGGAGCCCGCAGGGCCCACCAACAAGGUGACAGUGGUGGGUGUAGGAAUGGUUGGAAUGGCUGCCGCCAUCAGCAUCCUCCUCAAGGAUCUGACUGAUGAACUUGCCCUAGUAGACGUGAUGGAAGAUAAGCUGAAAGGAGAGGCUAUGGACUUGCAGCAUGGAAGCCUCUUUCUCAAGACGCACAAGAUAGUGGCAGAUAAAGACUACAGUGUGACCGCAAACUCCAAAGUGGUCGUUGUGACCGCUGGAGCCCGUCAGCAGGAGGGCGAGAGCCGCCUGAACCUCGUCCAGAGGAACGUCAACAUCUUCAAGUUCAUCAUCCCCAACAUCAUCAAGUACAGCCCCAACUGCAUCCUUCUGGUGGUCUCAAACCCAGUUGACAUCUUGACCUACGUGGCCUGGAAGCUGAGCGGUUUGCCCAGGAACCGUGUCAUCGGCAGCGGCACAAACCUGGACUCUGCUCGUUUCCGUUACCUGAUGGGAGAGAAGCUGGGCAUUCACCCAUCUAGCUGCCACGGUUGGGUUAUUGGAGAACAUGGAGACUCUAGCGUACCUGUGUGGAGCGGAGUCAACGUGGCUGGAGUGUCUCUCCAGGGUCUGAACCCUGACAUGGGAACAGAAAAAGACAAGGAAGACUGGAAAAGCGUCCACAAGAUGGUGGUUGACAGUGCGUAUGAAGUUAUUAAGCUGAAGGGCUACACUUCCUGGGCUAUUGGUAUGUCUGUAGCUGACCUGUGUGAGAGCAUUUUGAAGAACCUACGCAAGUGUCAUCCAGUUUCAGCUUUGGUCAAGGGAAUGCAUGGUGUAAAUGAUGAAGUCUUCCUCAGCGUGCCUUGCAUCCUGGGUAACAGCGGUCUGACGGAUGUUGUCCACAUGACCCUUAAGCCAGACGAGGAGAAACAGCUGGUGAAGAGCGCCGAGACCCUGUGGGGUGUUCAGAAGGAGCUGACCCUGUGAACCGUGGUCUCCUCCAAAAUGUAGCCAGUGUCACAAAUCGCAAACCUCUGAGUCCUGCCUAUCUCCUCUGACCUCGUAAACCUCACUGCCUGUAACCAUCAGAUAUCUCCACGCCAGUCUCAGACCUUCAGAUUGUAACGCUCCUUAUUUUAGCUACAGAGGAGAAAUCGAUUAUUCCUGUUGUCUUGACAAAGAUCAUCAGCCUUUGUAAAAGUUUGUGUCUAUGUGCGUACUAUUGUAUAUUCAAGAAAGAAGCACUUGCGAACAAGGUGAUGUGCAAUUUGAGUCUCUUAUUUUAUUCCGUUCUGAGGUCAGCUAGCAUUCCGUACUUACGUCCUGUCACGCAAUUGAUCAUUUCAACAAGACCAACAUGUAAAACCAAAGUUUUACAAAAUAUCAGUUUCAUGAAAUAUCAUGGAGUGUUUAUAAAACUAUAAACGUUUAAAAAUCAGAAACCUGGAAAGUUGGCCGUUUGGGAGUUUAGGUUUUGACAUCAAAUUGUAAAAAGACACGCGCAUGGUAGUUCUCUGUAAAUUGGUCACAACUUCCCGUGCAACAUUUUGCAUGGGUUUGAAUGCAGUAAACUACCUUAGAGCUGUUUUACGUACAAUUUUGAAUUUCUAAAUUAAAUGCGACAAUUAAAUUUUUGCAUUAAAUUUGAUCCAACAAUUUAACUUGGAACUGUUUUAAAAGAAUUGUUCAUAAAACCAUUUUGAAUUUUUACAUAAAAUAUGACAGUUGACUUAAGAAUGGUUUGGCGACUGAUUCUAAGUUGGGAACAAUUUUGAAUUGUCCCACUGAAAUUAAUGCAAGCGUUUUACCUUAGAAUGGCUUUACAAACCAUUUAAAAUUUUACAUUAAAUGCGUUGGUUGACUCAAGAAUGACUUAAAAUUUUUGCAUUGAAUUUGAUCCAACAAUUUAAUGUAGAAUAUUUUAAAAGAAUUGUUCGUUAAAUCAUUAAAAAAAAAAUUUUCAUUAAAUAAUGUUAACGACAGUUAACUUAAGAAUGGUUUAUCGAAUGAUUUAAAAUGUCCGCAUUGAAUUUAAUGCAAAGGUUUUACCUUAGAAUGGUUUUACGAAUAAUUUCGAAUUUUUACAUUAAAUGCGACUGUUAACAACUGUUGAAUUGUCGCAUUGCAACACUUGAAAUUGGAACUGCUUUACAUUUUUGUUACAUUAAAUGUGACCACUAACGCAAGAACGGAUUCAUGAACAAUUUUGAAUUGUCACAUUGAAUUGAACGCAGUGGUUUUCCGUUUCUACAUGAAAUGCAAGUUAACUUAAGAAUGGUUUAAUCAAUGAUUUUGAUGUACUCGAAUCAAAAAGUUUUUUUUUUUUUUUGAGAGAA